AUGACGUGCUUCGCGGCGUACCGCGUCGUCGCCGCGGGCGGCGGCGACGACGACGACGGCGGCGGCGGCGCCGCGAAAACGACGCCCUACGCGAGCCUCGCCGUCGCCUACGUGAGCGCGACGUUCCGGGUGGCGAACAUGACCGCGGCGUCGUUCGGAAACGCGGAGGCCUCGGCGACGCGCGACGCGCUCUUCGCGGCGCUCUACGGCCCGGACGGCGUCGAGCCCCUCGUCGACUCGUCGCUGCAGAUCGACGACUUCGAGCCCGUCGACGUCGCCUCCAUCGACCUGAGCUUCGUCCUGGAGGUGGAAAAUCCGAGCGCGCGCUACAACACGUCGUUACUGCUCGUCGCGGCCGUCCGCGCGGCCCUGCUGCGCAACGACGAGCUCAACGCCGCGCUGGAACAGUACAGCGAGCUCUACGGCGCCUCGGCGGCCCUCUCCAGCGCCGCGACGACGUCCGCGGCCGCGACGUUCGCGUCGUCCGUCGAGGACUUCGACGACGCGUUUUUUAUUCCCUUGCUCUGGCCCACGGCGGCGCCCUUUGCGCCGUCGCUGGCCCCGACGACGGCGCCGCCGUCGCUGCGACCGUCCGACGCCCCGACGACGGCGAAACCGUCGCCGGCGCCGACGACCGCGCCGUUCGCGGGGCCCACGGCCGCGCCGACGAAGCCGGCGCCGACGCGCGCGCCGACGACGACGCCCGUCCCGGCCCCGACGGCGGACCCGACGCGCGCCCCGACGAAGUGCGAGGACGACGGCGCCUGGUUCAAGGCCAACACGCCGUCGAAGCACUGCGACUGGGUGCGGCAGCACGAGCCGCGGUGCGCCGCCGUCGGCGACGACGGCCGCGUCGCCUACGAGGCGUGCCGCGAGGCCUGCGGCUGCAGCAACGCGCCGACGGCGGCGCCGACGGACGUCCUCGCGUUCAUGGACGACGAGCUCGUCUUCUGGUUCGACUUCGACGACGGGUCCAUGACGGGCUACGACCAGCCGACGUUCGACGGUUCGGCGAACGGCUACGCCAUCUCCGAGACCUACGGCGCGUCGUUGAACACGGGCCCCUUCAACACGCCCGCGCGCUUCUUCGGCGGCGAGCACGGCUUCGCCAUGGACGACGUCGUCGGCGGCGGCGACGGCCCCUGCGAGAACUUUGGCAUCGCCACGGGCGACGAGGACGGCCACCUCGAGCUCGCGUUCACGGGCGCCUGCGCCGUGGCCGUGGCGGACGUCGGGUUGGUCGUGGGCGCGUGGCACCUCGUGCUGUUGACCUUCGACGGGGCCGGGACCUGGGCGCUCUACGUCGACGGCGCGCUCCGGGACACGGGCGCGGCGUCGUUGACCACGGCGGCAUCAGUCUUAACGAUCGGCGGCACGACGGCGGCGCCCUUCUUCGGCUCCGUCGACGACUUGUUUUGUUACGACGUCGCGCUCGACGAUGCCCAGGUCGCGGCGCUCUACGCGACCUUCGCCCCCGUGCCGACGGUCGCGCCGGCGCCGGCGCCCACGACCAAAACGCGGGCGCCGACGAGGGCGCCGUCGCCCGCCGCCUUUGCGCGCAUGGACUGCUCCGCGGACACCGGCUUGGUCUUCGACGAGCGCGUCAUCGACGGGAACUCGGACAACCCGUCCUACGUCUGGGCCGCGGACAUGGACCAGGACAGCGACAUCGACCUCCUGGCCACGUCCCUGCACGACGACACGGUCGCCUGGUACGAGAACGACGGCGCCGAGAGCUUCGCGAAGCGCGUCAUCGCGGACGACGCCGAACAGGCGGCCUUCGCGGCCUUCGCCGACUUCGACGAAGACGGCGACCUCGACGUCAUCGCCGUGUCCUGGGGCGACAACUCGACGCGCCUCUUCGUCAACGAUGCCAUGGUCUUCACGGAGGUUUUGGUCGACGAUUCGCACGCGGCCGUGUCCGUGUGGGUCUCCGACAUGGACGGCGACGGCGACGACGACGUCAUCGCGUCGUCCUGGACCAUGGGCUCCGUCGUCUGGUACGAGAACGAGGCGGGCUGGGUCUACACGCGGCACGUCGUCGCCGAGGGCAUCGCGGGGCCCUGGUCCGUGUUCCCGGGCGACCUCGACGGCGACGGCGACGUCGACGUCGUCGUCGCGACGGGCUACGACUACUCCAUCACCUGGUACGAGAACGACGGCGCCAUGGGCUUCGAGCGCAUCGUCGUCGACACGGAGGUCGUCCAGCCGCGCAUGGUCGUCGCGCGCGACGGCGACGGCGACGGCGACGUCGACAUCUUCGCCGCGAUCCGCGGCGCGUCGCAGGUCGCGUGGUACGAGAACGACGGGUCCAUGGCCUUCGACCCCCACGUCGUCUCCGAGGGCGCCGACGGCGCCUACUCCGUCAUCCCCGCGGACCUCGACGGCGACGGCGACGUCGACGUCCUCGCGUCGAACAAGUACGACUCGACCGUCGCGUGGUACGAGAACGACGGCGCCAUGGCCUUCGCGCCCCACGACGUCUCCGACGACGCCGGCGGCAUCCGCUUCGCGGCCAUGGCCGACGUCGACCGCGACUACGACCUCGACAUCAUCGGCGCGCUCGCGGACCGCGACAGCGUCGUCUGGUACGAGAACGCGUGCACGGGCCAGACCUACGCGUGUUCUUCGACCUACGAAGCACGACGAUUCCUCGUCGGGCUCAACGUGCACCUCAAGGCCUACUUCAAGAGAAGUGAGAUUGUGUUCAAGGCCGCGGACGCCGGGCCCGACGCGGCGCCGACGCCGAGCUUCGCGCCGAUCGUGGCCACGGGGGCCGCGCAGGUGCUGACGACCGUGACGCCGUUGUCGAGCUUCGUCGUCUGCACGUCGCCCGCCGGGUAG